UUAGGGUUUUCGUUAUUGUUCAAAUACACUUUCGUAUGCAGAAACAUUCAAAACAGAAUCAUCAAACAUGAAAACCCGCUUGAUUUCCCCAUUUCUUACACGAUCAAGAUCAAUCAAAGAACCCAUUUCACCAUUUUGCUCAACCCCCAACAACAAUCCCAUCAAACCCACCUCAAAAACCCAAUCUUUCGAACACCCAAAACCCCUAAAUCUCAAAACAGAAAAACCCAUUUCACAAGAUCCGAUUUUGACCCAGACCCAUCUCACAAAACUCAUUCUUUCUCACAAAAAUGAUCCUAAUUCAGCUCUGCAGCACUUCAAAUGGGCAACAAGAAAAGGGGUUGUGCCAGAAAACACCAUUGGUGAGUCUUUUCUUGUUCUUGUUCAUGUUUUGAUGUGUUCAGAUAAACAUUAUGGAGCUGCUAAGAAGUUGAUUAGUAAAUGUGUUUUAGAGGGUUUGGAUCCUGGCCCAAGUGAGUUUGUUUCCCAGGUUGUUGAUGUUGCAGAAAGGUUUCAGUUUGAUCAGAUUUCAAAUUCUAGGGUUGUUAAUUACUUGUUGUGUAGUUUUGUUCGAUCGUGUCGGUUCGAAGAUGCCGUUGUUUGUUUUAGGAAAAUGGUUGAACACAACAUUGUUCCAUGUGUUUCUUAUGUUCAUGUUCUUUUGAAUGCAUUGGUUAGGAAUAAUAUGAUUACCGAAGCCCGAGUGUUGUUUAGCGAGAUAGUAAGAUUGCAAAUUUCGUAUGAUUGUGCGACGGUUCGAGUCAUGAUUCGUGGGUGUUUAAAAGAAGGUAAUGUUGAAGAUGCCAUCCAAUAUUUUUGGGAUGCGAAGAAAAAUGGGGUCGAACUUGAUGCGAUAACGUAUAGUACCGCUAUUUAUGCGGUUUGCAAGAAACCCGAUGCUAUUUUGGCUUGUGCGUUAUUGAAUGAGAUGAAAGAGAAAGGAUGGGUUCCGUCAGAGGGGACUUAUACUAAUGUGAUUGGUGCUUGUGUGAAGCAGAGAUGUAUGGUAGAUGCAUUACGAUUAAAAGAUGAAAUGGUUAGUAACGGGGUUCGAAUGAAUCUAGUGGUUGCCACAAGUUUGAUGAAGGGGUAUUGUGUUAAGGGGGAUCUUGAUAGCGCGUUAAAUUUGUUCGAAAAGAUCGUUGACGAUGGUCUUUGUCCAAAUAAGAUUACUUACUCUGUUUUGAUCGAAGGGUGUUGCAACAACGGCGAUGUCAAAAAGGGGUUUGAAUUGUAUAUGCGAAUGAAAAACGAAGGUAUCAAGCCCAAUGUUUACAAUGUCAAUUCGUUAAUAAUUGCGUUUUUUGAAGGUGGUUUGAUAGAUGAAGCAAAGAAGCUCUUUGACGAAGCAGUUGAAACCGGUGUUGCCAAUGUGUUUACGUAUAAUAAUCUUAUCUCGUGGCUUUGUAAAGAGGAUAAAGUGGAUGAAGCGUGUGGUGUGCUUGAUAAGAUGUCGAAAGAUGGAAUUUCUCCAACGAUUGUUUCGUAUAACAAUAUGAUACUCGGUCAUUGUAGAAGCGGAAAUAUGGAUGGGGCGUUAGAUUUGUUUAACACAUUGCAAGAAAGGGGUUUCAAAGCUAACGUCAUAACGUAUAGUAUUUUAAUUGAUGGGUAUUUUAGGAAAGGUAAAAGCAACGAAGCGUUAGCCAUGUUUGAUCGAAUGGUUGACUUGGGCUUUCUUCCGUCUGACUACACGUUCAAUAUAGUCAUCAACGGUUUGUGCAAAGUUGGUCAAACAUCCGAGGCGAGUUUAAUGUUGAAGAAAGUGGUGGAAAGGGGGUUUAAUCCAACGUGUAUGACGUAUAAUAGUAUUAUCGACGGUUUUGUCAAAGAGGGCGAUAUUAACUCCGCGUUAGCCGUUUAUACUGACAUGCAUGAAGCCGGGGUUACCCCUAACGUUGUAACGUACACUUCUUUGAUUCACGGAUUUUGCAAAUGCAAAAACAUGGAUCUCGCUUUGAAAAUGAGAAACGAGAUGAGAACCAAAGGUCUUGAAUUGGACGUUGUAUCGUAUGGUGCGUUAAUCAACGGAUUUUGCAAAGUUAGGGACAUAAGACGGGCGCGUGAAAUCUUUAACGAGCUUUACGAAGUUGGGUUAUAUCCAAAUACGGCUAUAUAUAAUAGCAUGAUUAGCGGAUUUCGUGAUCUUGACAACAUAGAAGAAGCGGUUGACUUUCACAAGAAGAUGGUCAACGAGGGGAUUUUAUGCGAUUUACCGACGUACACUACUUUGAUCGACGGGUUGCUUAAAGCGGGAAAAAUAGUUUCCGCUUCGGACUUGUAUACAGAGAUGCUCGCAAAGAACAUUGUGCCGGAUGACAUUAUGUAUACAGUUUUGGUCAACGGUCUUUGUAAUAAAGGUCAACUUGAGAACGCGCGUAAAAUCUUGGAAGAGAUGGAUAAAAAGAGUAUGGUUCCCAAUGUAGUUAUAUAUAAUUCACUAAUCGGAGGGUAUUUUCGGGAGGGGAAGUUGCAAGAGGCGUUUAAACUGCACGAUGAGAUGCUGGAUAGAGGUCUUGUACCAGAUGAUAGAACGUAUGAUAUUCUUGUUACGGGUAAAAUCAAAGGGGUUGACUCGAUGAGGGAAGGUUCGGUUUAGAUAUGAGGUGGUUAGUACGAUGGUUUGACCACUUUGACUUAAGACGGCACUUAGUGAGGUCGAUUGAUUGGAUCGUUCACCGUUUCGUUGAUAGACAAGUACUUGUUUCUUGUGCAGUAUUGGAGGAGUGUAGGAUUUUUGAUGGACCAAGAACAGCUUUUGCUACCCGUUAUGUUUGGUACGGCUCAUUAAUCCGCAACUAACUUCUUUCGAUUGACCAUGAGCACCAUUUACAAGGUAUUCUCUUCUUUUUUUUGAACUCUCAAGUCUAUAGAAAAUGAUGAAUGUCGGUAUAAUUCUCUUUUCUUUGUACAAUGUUUAAUAUGUUUUACAAUAUGCAUAUUGAUAUUGAUUUUUUAUGUAAAAAAUUGUUAUCGCGUA